AGGAGUGUAAACAUGUGCUAGGAUCAAGCGAAACCCGGACGUGCCGUGUGGUUUUGUGAGCAUUCCGGGCUCUUUAAACUCGUGCAGGACAAUACAAGUUUCCACUGGACGCGGCCAGUGGCCAUAACAAAAUAGUAGCAGUUUAGUGUAAUCCGUUUUUGUUUCUCGUACCAGGAUGAGUUUCCGUGGCCGAGGCGGUGGUGGCGGAGGUGGCCGUGGCCGAGGAGGUGGCGGUGGUUUUCGUGGAGGUGGUGGCGGCGGUGGUGGCCGUGGCGGUCGCGGAGGAUUUGGAAAUCGCAGCUUUGGAAACCGGGAUGAUGGUCCGAAGAACAUCGUGCCACUGGGUUUCUACGAUUAUCCGUGCCAGGAGGAUCUGGUGGCCAAAGUGGAAAUCGAAAAUGUGCCGUUCUUCAACGCGCCGAUCUACAUGGAAGGUGAGAAGCAGAUCGGCAAGGUGGACGAAAUAUUUGGCCAUCUGAAGGACUUCUACGUCUCGAUCAAGCUGAUGGACAACAUGAAGCCAGAUGGAUUCCAGCCGAAGCAGAAACUGUUCAUCGAUUCCGCCAAAUUGCUCCCGUUGGCACGGUUCCUACCGGGUGGUCAAACCAGAAGACCAGGUGGUCGAGUUGGCAAACCGGGUGGUGGCCGCGGAGGUCCCGGUGGUCGAGGUCGCGGUGGUGGUGGCUUCCGCGGAGGUAGAGGUGGUCCUGGUGGAGGGGAUGGCUUCAGAGGACGUGGCGGAGGCGGUGGUGGGGGCCGCGGAGGCUUCCGUGGAGGUUUCCGUGGAGGCAACCGAGGCGGAGGAGGCGGUGGUGGUGGCAACCGAUGGUAACACACGUGAAAGGUGUUCCGGUACUGUCAGUUUGGUGUACAUCUCGCGGUACACUAUCAAGAGUAAUUUUGUGAAUAAGUGCUUAAUGUUUAAGAUACAGAAAAAUAUAAGCAACCCAACAUCUUCCUAUCGAAGGUGGCCUAC